CCAUUUCCGACGGCCCCUGAAGGCACCGCCUCUCUCUGGGUGGGAGGGGAUGUUUAUAGCACGCAGUAAAAACUCCAACACGCGCCACCUCGGCGUUAUUCUCCAGCGCAGGCGGCUCGUGUAACUUCCCAGUGCGGGACGGAGGAGCCCGAACGAACCCGAACCCGCAGCAGGGACGACAAGCGACCCGGAGACUCUUGUCUCGCCAGUCGAUUGAUUAUUUAUCGAUUUUUAGUCUCGACUUCAGCUCCCCCUCGGCGCGACGCGAGUUUUCAGUGGGAUUUUUUUCUUCUUCUCCCCCUUUGGUCGUGCAGACCACCACCAGGACACCGACAUGCCGUCUCUGCGACACUCCUACACGGUGACGGUGCCGGAGGAACCGUCCGCUUUCCCCUUGGACAGAACCGACCUGCGGCGGAAGAGCCCGUCGUUGUCCCGCUCCAAGCUGGUGUCCACGUUCAUGGGUCUGAUCAUCAACCAGGCCAAGAACAAGAGUCCUCAAGGCCUGGUGGGACUGAGGAACCUGGGCAACACAUGUUUCAUGAACUCCAUCCUGCAGUGCCUGAGCAACACGCCCGAGCUGCGGGACUACUGCCUGAGAAACGUCCAUCGCGCGGACCUCAACAACAACUGCCCGACGAACGCCGCUCUCAUGGAAGAGUUUGCGAAGCUGACUCAGAGCCUGUGGACCUCUGUGAACAACGAGGCCAUCAGUCCCUCUGACUUCAGGAGCCAGAUCCAGAGAUUCGCUCCCAAAUUUGUGGGGUGCAAUCAGCAGGACGCCCAGGAGUUUCUCCGCUUCUUAUUGGACGGUCUCCACAAUCAGGUGAACAGAGUGACGGUCCGCCCGAAGGUGUCCGUCGAGGACUUUGACCACCUCUCGGACGACGAUAAAGGCAAGCGGAUGUGGAACAUGUACUUGGAGAGAGAGGACAGCAAAGUCGUGGAUCUGUUUGUUGGACAGUUGAAGAGCUCUGUGACUUGCACCGUCUGUGGGUUCUGCUCCACGGUGUUCGAUCCCUUCUGGGACCUAUCCAUACCUGUUGCACAGAAGAGCUCGGGUGAAGUGAGCCUCAAAGACUGCUUGAGGCUCUUUACGAAAGAUGAUGUGUUGGACGGGGAAGAGAGACCGACGUGCAACAGAUGCAAAACCAGAAGGAAAUGCACCAAAAGAUUCAGCAUCCAGAAGUUCCCCCAGAUCCUCGUGCUUCACCUGAAGCGUUUCUCAGACUCCAACAUCCGAACCAGCAAGCUCUCCACCUACGUCAACUUCCCCCUCAAAGAGUUGGAGCUGCGGGAGUUCGCCUCGGAGUGCAGCGAGCGCGCCGUGUACAACCUGUACGCAGUAUCCAACCACUCGGGAAACGCCCUGGGAGGCCAUUACACGGCCUACUGCAAGAACCCGGCGCUGGGGGAGUGGUACAGCUACAACGACUGCAGGGUGAGCCCGGUGUCCUCCAGCCAGGUCCGCAGCAGCAACGCCUACGUCCUCUUCUACGAGCUGGCUCCCGCCCCGCACAGCAAAUAUCAGACGUGCCGGCUUUAGGCGCCAGCGGAUGAGUCGACGAGCCGCACCACCCCACCCCACCCCACCCCCUGUUGGGAGAGAGCUCCGCCUAGUGGAGAGAGUCCUGCAAUUACAGACUGAAUGUGGAGUGGAGCACGCUGGAAGUGUCGUUGCAGGAAGGGGGAAAAAAACGCCCUCUGACCUUCCUUCCCGAUGUGUUUUUUUUUGUUGUUUUUUUUCUUUGUUAAGGAGGGUUUGGAUGCGACGGCACAUUUGAACUUCGGGAUGUUUCAAGCUGGGCUCGUACGUCGGAUGGAACUGAAGUAACGCGGAGAAAAACACUACUUGCAUUUCAAAAAAAAAAAAAAAAAA